CCAUCCCAGGGCCCUGGGCUGGCGGUGCCUGCUCUGCGGUUGCCAUUAUGGGUGGGCCCAGCCAUAGGAAGGUCACUGCCGGGGAAGGGACUUCUGCACUGUGGCCUGGGGCACUCAGAGACCUCGACCUUGCUGACUUCUGCCCCACGUUCUCUCAAAGGGAUGUUUGCAGGGGGAAGUGAGAAGGAGGGGGUCAGGGACCCUGCCUUCUGGGCCGGGAAGGCUGAAAAAGCAGAAGUAGAGGAGUAACGGGGCCCUUUGGCCACUGGCUUGAGACCCACCAUGCAGACCCCGGCAGAUUUCCCCAGGGGUGAGAGAGACUCGCUCCCCUGUCCCAGAAAGGAUGAGGGCAUCCUCAAGGAGAUCUCCAUCACGCACCACGUCAAGGCUGGCUCUGAGAAGGCCGACCCAUCCCAUUUUGAGCUGCUCAAGGUUCUGGGCCAGGGAUCCUUUGGCAAAGUCUUCCUGGUGCGGAAGGUCACCCGACCUGAUAGUGGGCACCUGUAUGCCAUGAAGGUUCUCAAGAAGGCAACGCUGAAAGUGCGUGACCGCGUUCGGACCAAGAUGGAGAGAGACAUCCUAGCUGAUGUGAACCACCCGUUUGUGGUGAAGCUGCACUAUGCCUUCCAGACUGAGGGAAAGCUCUAUCUUAUUCUGGACUUCCUGCGUGGCGGGGACCUCUUCACGCGGCUCUCUAAAGAGGUGAUGUUCACGGAGGAGGACGUGAAGUUUUACCUGGCUGAGCUGGCCUUGGGCCUGGACCACCUGCACCACCUGGGUAUCAUCUACAGGGACCUCAAGCCUGAAAACAUCCUUCUGGAUGAGGAGGGCCACAUCAAACUCACUGACUUUGGCCUAAGCAAGGAGGCCAUUGACCAUGAGAAAAAAGCCUAUUCCUUCUGCGGGACAGUGGAGUACAUGGCCCCCGAGGUCGUCAACCGCCAGGGCCACACCCAUAGUGCAGACUGGUGGUCCUAUGGGGUGUUGAUGUUUGAGAUGCUGACGGGCUCCCUGCCCUUCCAGGGGAAGGACCGGAAGGAGACCAUGACACUGAUUCUGAAGGCGAAGCUAGGCAUGCCCCAGUUUCUGAGCACGGAAGCCCAGAGCCUCCUGCGGGCCCUGUUCAAGCGGAAUCCUGCCAACCGGCUCGGCUCCGGCCCUGAUGGGGCAGAGGAAAUCAAGCGGCAUGCCUUCUACUCUACCAUUGACUGGAAUAAGCUAUACCGUCGUGAGAUCAAGCCACCCUUCAAGCCGGCCGUGGCUCAGCCUGAUGACACCUUCUACUUUGACACUGAGUUCACAUCCCGCACACCCAGGGACUCCCCAGGCAUCCCCCCCAGCGCUGGCGCCCAUCAGCUGUUCCGUGGUUUCAGCUUCGUGGCCACUGGCCUGCUGGAGGACGAUGGCAAGCCUCGGGCCACACAGGCACCACUGCACUCAGUGGUUCAGCAACUCCAUGGGAAAAACCUGGUUUUUAGCGAUGGCUACGUCGUAAAGGAGACGAUUGGUGUGGGCUCCUACUCCGUGUGCAAGCGCUGUGUCCAUAAGGCUACCAAUAUGGAGUAUGCUGUCAAGGUCAUCGACAAGAGCAAGCGGGAUCCCUCAGAAGAGAUUGAGAUUCUUCUGCGAUAUGGGCAGCACCCCAACAUCAUCACUCUGAAAGAUGUGUACGAUGAUGGCAAACACGUGUAUCUGGUGACGGAGCUGAUGCGGGGUGGGGAGCUGCUAGACAAGAUCUUGCGGCAGAAAUUCUUCUCAGAGCGGGAGGCCAGCUUUGUCCUGCACACCAUCAGCAAAACCGUGGAGUACCUGCACUCCCAGGGGGUUGUUCACAGGGACCUCAAGCCCAGCAACAUCCUGUACGUGGACGAGUCUGGGAACCCCGAGUGCCUGCGCAUCUGUGACUUUGGCUUCGCCAAGCAGCUGCGUGCCGAGAACGGGCUCCUCAUGACGCCCUGCUACACUGCCAACUUUGUGGCACCCGAGGUGCUCAAACGCCAGGGCUACGAUGAGGGCUGUGACAUCUGGAGCCUGGGCAUCCUGCUGUAUACCAUGCUGGCUGGAUACACUCCAUUCGCCAAUGGACCCAGUGACACACCGGAGGAAAUCCUGACCCGGAUCGGCAGUGGGAAGUUCACCCUGAGUGGGGGAAAUUGGAACACAGUUUCAGAGACAGCCAAGGACCUGGUGUCCAAGAUGCUGCAUGUGGACCCCCACCAGCGCCUCACAGCUAAGCAGGUCCUGCAGCACCCAUGGAUCACCCAGAAAGACAAGCUCCCUCAGAGCCAGCUGUCCCACCAGGACCUGCAGCUUGUGAAGGGAGCCAUGGCAGCUACCUACUCUGCCCUCAACAGCUCCAAGCCCACCCCUCAGCUGAAGCCCAUCGAGUCAUCGAUCCUGGCCCAGCGGCGGGUGAGGAAGCUGCCGUCCACCACCCUGUGAGAGGCCAGGGCGUCCGGGCCGCAGGGCGGUGCUAGCUUGAUGGAGGCAGCAUACUUCCCAGAGGGAGCAGGCCUGAGUCACAGGGCCCCAGGGAGCGGAGCCCCGAGGGGCCCAGGAAGCGGCCAGCCCAGAUCACUCCCACCAAGGGUGUGAGAAGUGCCUUCUCCUUCCCCAGGACGGACUCUUCUCGGCUCGUGCUCUGCUGGUUGAAAUCGAUGCACUGUACAAACUAAUCUUUUUUAAGGGAAAAAAUGGCAUCAACCGCCAUGGAUUUUUUACAAGAUCCAUUUGCCUUUCUGGGAACAGAAAUAGCCAGUGCAGCCCCAGGAGGGGCACUGAGUCACACCAGGGCUUUCUGUGGCUGCGAGUCCUCAGAGCUUUGGCGUCCUACCCCGGGGCACCCCACGACAGGCCACCUGCAGCCAUCCGCACAUACCUCCAGGGCAGUCCCGCACCACCUUCCAGAGCCCUCAGCUGUUAGCAGAACUUGCUCUAUUCGAAGUCAGCUCCUUUUCCGUUCUGUUCUGCUGUGGGGGGGGGGGGGGGGGGGGNAACCUCCUCCUGCUAGAAGAGAGGACCAGGACCCCAUGGCCCUCAGCUCAGGCACCAGCAUCUACACCGGCUCCUCCAGUGGGUUCCUGCAAGGAGAUUGGGCAGCCCCAGGAGGAGGGAUCCAGAAAGCACUUUUGGACUGACUUGUGUUGGGAUUCUGCUCCAGGACAGAGUUCACAGGAGGCCUGUGGGCCGGGCCGAGAGAGGCGGGGGCUCUUUUUCAUUUCCUCCUCAGCUGGUUACUCAGGGUUCUUCUGUCCAUGGCCUUUCUAAUAAACUUGCAGUUGAGUUGAAGCA